CGGGCAAGUUAUGCUAGAAAUGAUUUCCAAAUUUCAGAUUCUUCAUUCUGUAAUUCAGUGACAGCAUCACAGUUCCCAUGAAAGAGAAUUUUGUUAGAACUAGCUGAGGUAGAACAGUAGCAGAGAACAAAACUCACCAUGCCAAGCUAUCCAGUCACCAUAUUCCUUUUGUUUCUCAAUCUCUCUUUGUUCCAACCCAUCUCUGCUUUGAACCAAGAAGGUCUCUCUUUACUCUCAUGGCUUUCAACUUUCAAUUCAUCUUCCUCUGCUACUUUCUUCUCCUCAUGGAAUCCAACACACCAAAAUCCAUGCAGCUGGAAUUACAUAAAAUGUAGUAGUGAUGGGUAUGUUUCAGAAAUCACAAUCAACUCCAUUAAUCUUCCAACCACCUUCCCUACUCAGUUUCUCUCCUUCACCUUCCUAACCACCCUUGUCCUUUCAAAAGGAAACCUCACCGGAGAAAUCCCGCCUUCGAUCGGAAAUAUGUCGUCUCUGAUCACCCUGGAUCUCAGUUUCAAUGCUCUAACAGGAAAGAUACCACCAGAAAUUGGAAAAUUAUCUGAGCUGGAGCUGUUGUUAUUGAAUUCAAACUCAUUGCAAGGUAGAAUUCCAACAGAAAUUGGUAACUGCUCAAAGCUAACACAGCUUGAACUGUUUGAUAACCAGCUUACAGGAAGAAUUCCUGCAGAAGUUGGCCUAUUACGGACUCUAGAAAUCUUUCGUGCCGGUGGAAACCCAAGAAUUCAUGGAGACAUCCCAAUGCAGAUAUCAAACUGCAAAGGACUAGUCUUUCUGGGUCUUGCAGAUACUGGGAUUUCAGGGCAGAUUCCACAUAGUUUAGGAAAACUAAAGAGUCUCAGGACUCUAUCAGUUUAUACAGCAAAUCUCACUGGCAAGAUUCCACCAGAAAUUGGUAAUUGUUCAGCCUUGGAGGAUUUAUUUGUCUAUGAAAACCAAAUUUCUGGUGACAUUCCAAGUGAACUGGGGUUACUGCAAAAUCUGAAAAGGCUGUUACUGUGGCAGAAUAAUCUGAGUGGGAUUAUUCCAGGAACUCUUGGUAACUGUUCAUCUUUGACAGUCAUCGACCUCUCUUUGAAUUUCCUAACUGGAGAGCUUCCUCUGUUUCUUGCAAAUUUGGGGACAUUAGAGGAACUUCUUUUGUCAGGGAACAAUAUUUCUGGAGAAAUUCCACCAUCCAUUGGCAACUUUUCCAGCUUGACGCAUCUUGAAUUGGAUAACAACAACAUUUCUGGUCAGAUUCCACCCAGCAUUGGGAAAUUGAAGGAGCUUUCUCUGUUCUUUGCCUGGCAGAAUCAGCUUCAUGGAAGUAUUCCAACUGAGCUGGCCAACUGUGAGAAAAUUCAAGCAUUGGAUCUUUCUCACAAUUUCCUUUCUGGGUCAGUCCCAAAGUCUCUCUUCAAUCUCAAGAACUUAACUAAGUUGUUGCUGAUAUCAAAUGAGCUUUCUGGUGGAAUUCCACCGGAUAUAGGAAAUUGUACCGGCUUAACCCGUUUGCGACUCGGAUUAAACACAUUAGCUGGUAAAAUUCCUUCAGAGAUUGGGCACUUGAAGAAUUUGAGUUUCCUUGAAUUGUCAGAAAAUCAAUUUACUGGAGAAAUACCCCCAGAAAUCGGCAACUGCACAGAGCUGGAAAUGGUUAAUUUGCAUGAUAAUAAGCUCCAAGGCACAAUUCCUACCUCAUUGGAAUCACUUGUUGAACUCAAUGUUUUAGACCUUUCCAUGAAUAGCAUAUCAGGUACAAUCCCGGAAAAUUUGGGCAAGCUAGUACUUUUGAACAAACUGGUAUUGAAUGGAAACAAUAUCACUGGUUCCAUUCCAAAAUCACUGGGCCUCUGUAAGGAUUUGGAACUGUUGGAUUUGAGCAGCAACAGAAUCAGUGGUUCAAUCCCAGAUGCGGUUGGUCACUUGCAAGAAUUAGAUAUCCUAUUGAAUCUGAGUUGGAAUUCUUUGACAGGGCAAAUCCCAGAAGGCUUUUCAAAUUUUUCGAAUCUUGCCAACUUGGAUCUCUCUCACAACAUGCUGACAGGAAGCCUUCGAGUGCUCGGAAGCCUUGACAAUCUUGUUUCCCUGAAUGUCUCGUACAAUAAUUUCUCAGGUUCUCUCCCUAAUACCAAGCUUUUCCAAAGCCUUCCUGCCACUGUUUUUGCUGGAAACCAAGAGCUGUGCACUGCAAGGGAACAGUGCCCUGUUAAUGGAAACCUACAUGGAAGGAAAUCCAUGAGAAAUCUUACAAUUUGUGUUGUAAUCAGUAUAAUAGCGACUAUGAUAAUCUUAACUGCUGGAGUAAUCUUAUUUAUCAGAUCUUGCAGUAAAACAUUCAAGGAGAAUGAUGAAGAAAAUGCUAUGAAGUGGGAUUUCACCCCAUUCCAAAAGCUACGCUUCUCUGUAAAUGAUAUUGUAACAAAGCUUUCAGAAUCUAACAUUGUAGGGAAGGGUUGUUCAGGAGUAGUUUAUCGUGUCGAGAUGCCAAUGCAACAGGUCAUUGCAGUGAAGAAGUUAUGGCCAACGAAGAGUGGUGAGCUUCGACAGAGGGACUUAUUUUCUGCAGAAGUUACAACAUUGGGAUCAAUAAGGCAUAAAAAUAUAGUGAGGCUUCUGGGCUGUUGCAACAAUGGGAAAACUCGAUUGCUCUUGUUUGAUUACAUCAGUAACGGAAGUUUGGCAGGAUUGUUACAUGAGAAGAACAUAGUUUUGGAUUGGGACGCAAGGUUUAAGAUAAUAGUGGGAGCUGCUCAUGGUUUAGAAUAUCUUCACCAUGAUUGUAUUCCUCCUAUCGUCCAUCGCGACAUCAAGGCCAACAACAUAUUGGUAGGACCACAGUUUGAAGCUUUUCUUGCAGAUUUUGGACUUGCAAAGCUUAUGAAUUCUUCAGAUUGUUCUAGGGCUUCCAACAUAGUAGCAGGUUCUUACGGGUACAUAGCUCCUGAAUAUGGAUACAGUCUGCGGAUCACAGAGAAGAGUGACGUGUACAGCUUCGGCAUUGUGCUACUAGAGGUCCUAACAGGGAUGGGACCAACAGAUAGUCAGAUUCCAGAGAGCAUGCACAUUGUCAGUUGGGUUAACAAGGAACUGCGGGAAAAGCAUAGAGAAUUCACAACAAUCCUUGAUCAACAAUUGCUGUUGCGGUCUGGAACACUAAUUCAAGAGAUGCUUCAAGUCCUAGGGGUGGCUCUACUGUGCGUGAAUUCAUGCCCCGAAGAAAGACCCACAAUGAAAGAUGUCACAGCAAUGCUCAAAGAGAUCAGGCAUGAAAAUGAAGAUUUUGAAAAACAAAAUUCCUACAGCAAAGGCAUGGUAGCCAACCCAAACGCAGCUGCUCACUGUUCUAGUUUCUCUAGAUCAUCUGAACCUCUUAUUAAAUCUCCUCUCCAGUUACCAUAGUUACCCCAUCUCCUUGUAUCUGAGUGACAUGAUUCUUUAUAGUAAGAAAAUAAAUUUGCACAAUUUUUUAAGACAUGAAGUACCAACUGGAAUUUUUACCCAUGGUAGCACCACAAUAAAUUUCUG